AUGCCGAGUGAUAAGCAAUUCCUGUUGUGGUCCCUCCCGCUGGCACUGGUGGCGUUUCUGGCGGGUCCUCUGGCUGUGCUGCACUCCUUCGACUUGAUAGCGCCAACUCCAGCAACGAAUAAUGCACCGCCAAUCGACACCAGCGACUUUGGAUUAGUCGCAAACAACAGUGCUGCUGCCAGUUUACCCGACACCAUUCCGCUCAUGUUCGAGGUGGCGAAAUACCCGGCAAUCGGUCGCCAAACGCUAGAAGUGCACCACCUCCGCUUGCUGAACUUGACGUCAUUUGCCGAGAUGGUGAGUCGAUCAGCAGACGAGAGGGCUCCAUCGACUGCGAUCGUCGGGUAUUUGUCAAUGACUGAGGUCUUGAGGCACAAGAAGAGAAACCCUGGAAGCUACCCCGUCGGCGAUCUGCUUCUCGUGACUGAUGUCCACUUCACUGGCUUCGACGAUGAAACUGGAGAGCGCGAGUCGUUGAUCCUUGAAACCCAGCGAGUUCGACGCUUCCGACUCAAGAACGUGCAGUACGACGAAUCCACUGAGCUGCUCUUUGGCCAAGUAGAGUGGAUCGGAGAGCAGUCAGCAUAG